AUUCGGGAUCGUUUUGCGUUUAUCAAUUACGAAGGUCUCGCAUAGUCUCGCCAGGUUUGCGAGUUCAAAACACUUCCUAUUUUCUAGUUUUGUGAUAAACUAUGAUAUGAACAUGAUACAAGUGUAACAAUGGGAGAAAUACAGAAUUCACAAGAGUACCAGAGCUUUAGAAGCUCUGUGCCACAGAAAAAGUUAGUUGUUGAUGAUGAUGAUAAGAAAGAAUGGACAAUGUACGAUACUGGUCCACGGCAUUUAAAAUGUCCACUGAUAUGUCUACCUCCAGCAAGUGGGAAAGCUGAAGUUUUCUUCAAACAGUUGUUAUCCCUUUCUACGGCAGGCUUCAGAGUUAUAGCAGUUGAAUAUCCAAUUUACUGGACCAUGAAGGAGUUCUGUGAGGGAUUUAAAAGGUUACUGGACCACUUACAACUGGACAAGGUACAUAUAUUUGGUGCUUCUCUGGGAGGAUUUUUGGCACAAAAGUUUGCCGAAUACACACACAAGUCACCAAGAGUGGCUUCCCUUAUACUGUGCAAUUCUUUCUAUGAAACUAGCAUUUUUCAACAGACAAAUUCAGCUCCUACGUUUUGGAUGAUGCCGGCAUUGUUCCUGAAGAAGAUGGUGAUGGGAAACUUUGACAAAAGUCUCACAGAUCCAGAAAUAGCUGACUCUAUAGAUUUUAUGGUGGAAAAGCUUGACAGUUUGAGUCAGCAGGAACUUGCCUCUCGUCUAACAUUGAAUUGUAUGAACUGUUAUGUUGAACCACAGAAACUGUCUGGAGUUGAGGUCACCAUAAUGGAUGUUUUUGAUGAUUGUGCCCUGUCGCAAGAAGUGAGGGAAGAAAUGUAUAAAUGUUAUCCCAACGCCAAACGUGCUCAUCUUAAACAUGGUGGCAACUUUCCAUACUUGAGUAAAAGUCUUGAAGUCAACAUAUUUAUACAGAUUCAUUUAAAAGUUUUUGAUGAUACACAAUACAGUGCUAAAUCUGUGAUAACUGAUGUGGAUCGACCAGGGUCAAGUAACAGUGUAGAAUGACAAAAUGGGCAGGGAUCCAGUCAUACAAACUGUUGUAUUUCAGUGACUGGCAAGGAUUCAGUAGUGAAUAUGAUAUAUUAUAAAGAUUACUUACAAACUAGGUUCAAGAAAAGUCAAAAGUGGGAUCCAGCUUUGUCUUAAAUACUAUAUUUUUAAUGAUGAGCCAGGUCCCAGUUACAUGUAAAUUGAUGAAUUUUAAUGACAAAGCCUGGACCCAGUAACAAAUGAAAUAUUUGUGUUAUAUACUCAAAUAACAUUUCAAGUGGCAUAUAUAGGACCAGGGGAGCUCAGUCAAUGUUUCAGAAAGGAUAUGUUUUAAAAUAGUCAUAUAUAUUGAUGUAUACUGUGGUAUUCUGAUUGAAUCACUGUCAGGGACUCAGUACUAUCAGAGCUUAUGUUAUUUGUAAAUGUCUUGUCGACUCAAAAUAAAUCUUAUCUUAUCUUAUCUUACUAUGACCAAUGGGUUUUUUCUACGUAAGUGGUUGCACUGAAAGAGACUCUGUAUCAAAAUCCUGUAUUUUGCACACUAUUAAAGUAUUUUAUUUCUUAGUUGAAUUUCUUAAAAAAACGGAUGCAUUUUUAUUAUAAACCGGUAAGUUUGCUCUCAUUUUAAAGAACAAGUAAAAAAUAUCACAAACUAUAGCUCAAUAGUCCUUAUUGCGCAGUGAGAGCCUUAUAAUCUCCUUUUUAAGGAAAAUGCUCGGGAGAAAAGAAGAAUUUGUGCAGGUGAUAACAUUGCAAGUAAUGCAGAUCAACAACGGGCAAGUUUAAACCUUGUCAGAAUCAAUGUUGAUUAAAAAAAAUUGUAUAAACUGCACCAUCAGAAAAGCUGCAGGAGUUUUCAUACAGACCGAAAUCUUGGAUAACAGGAAAUUACGUUAAUUAAUGACUGAUUUAGACCGAGUUCAGAAAGAAGCAAUAUAUUUAUUACUAGCUCAGUCUUGCAGCAAUGUAAAUGCAUGGAGCAUUUUACUUCAGAGUGUUCUUUCAGUCAUAUGUAUACAAAGUGCAGUAUCAGUUAUAUAAUGUAUGUGAUAAGUAAUCAAUUAAAUUGGCCAGCUGAGUUAAUUCUUUGUAAAUUAUUGUUUCCUGCAAGUUAUGUGUGUCACAAAUUUCUUCAACAUGUUUAAGUUGUUUAACAUGAUGAUAAAUGUAUAGCAGAAUCAUGAAAAAAUACUUAGAAUCAAAUGAAAUUGGUGUCCUAUGUUUGCAAAUAGUUUGACACAGAUAAAUACUGCGUUAUGAAAAUCUUCUGUUUAUUAAGGAUUUUGUUUAUAUCUGUUGUGUGCCUUAAACCACUUUAAACAACCUUAGUUGUAAUCACUUAAUGAGUUGAUGUGUGUUUGAUUUGUGCAAAUUUCUUUACGUUCUUCUGUAUCAAAGAUAACUUUCACUGUAAGAAACAGAAUAUUAUAUUAUCUUGUUGACUAGAGAUAAGACAAAGAGAAUCAUGUUUAUAAUACUAUACGUUUGUGGUGCUUUUAUUUGUGCUAACAGAAUGACAUGCAAGUUAGGAAAAUCUUGAAAAUGAAGUAAAGAAAUGCAUGACCUACUGUAUAGAGUGCAUUUUCCUUCUACUGUACAUACUCUGUAUUGCAGCUGUGCUGAUCUGUAUUAGAUCUAUGUUUUCUUUUUGAACACAAAUUGAUAGUGCCAUUUAUUAAAAUUUUCUGUUUAGAUAUACUAGCUUAGCUUGUACCGGUAACUUUACAGCCAGACUUUCUAUUUGUAGCAAUUUGUUACUAUGUUUGUUCUGCCUUUAAAUUGAUGAAAUUAUGCAGAGAUUUUAAUAGCUCUGAAGAAUUAAGAAUGAUACUUAUGCAAAGUAAAAUUUAAAUAUAGACAGUUUUGAAUUAUACUUUUGCUUCUCUCAUACCUUGAAGUUUUGGUUAAGUCGGAGAAAUUGUCCCCUCAAAGUUCCUUCUCAUUGUAUAUGUUUUUACUCAGUUUUAGUCAAAUUCAGUGUAUUGCAACUUUGGUUGUGUUGAAGAUAGAUUUUGAUUUAUUAUUAUACCAGUAUGUCAGUGUGUAAGUAAAAAUUGGUUGCCUCAGUAUAAAAUGUUUGGUCCUGAAUUGGAAUUUGAGAUAUUACAUGUUUAGACUGUUUGUAACAAAUAGAAAUUUCAGCAUGUUAAAGAUUGUUGAUGAGCAAAAGUGUUUUGGGUCUUAUUUUAUUAAUUUUAAUGCUUGUUUUUGAACAAAUUGUAUAAUUUCUGUUCUCAAUUUGAAUGUGCAAUAUGAUAUUGUUUUAGUAUAUUUGAAAUAUUGAGAACUAAAGCUGCUUCUGUUUGUAAAAUUAUUGUUUUAAAACUUUAGAUUUUGUAGUCAAUCUGCAUUCCUUUCGUGAAAUAUACUCAACGGCUUUUCUAAAUCCACACUUGGUGUUUUGUUUUUAUCUGUACCAAAUUUUAACAGAUUUGAAUGAAAUUUUGACACCUUGUUUAAUGAUAAGUUCAGUUGAAUAAAAAAUAAUAUCAAUGGAAAAAUGAUUCAUUGAGCUGUGACAGUUGCAAUAUAGUAUCCUGAAAAUAAAAAAUCACAAAAUGAGUGCAGUUUUCUACUGGUCCUUAGUGCCAUAUUUGGAAUCAAACAAUCUUGCAGCCACUAUUACACUUUCCAAGAUAUAGAAUUUGCUCUUAUCUUGACACUGGAUUUUGUUUGUUAGUAUGAAUUACUUGAUUAUCAAAGUUUUAUCUAGAAAUAUACACAAGUUCUGCAGUAAAGAUCAGGGGCGCAUUCUUAAUCCGCAAAAAAACAAGUGUAUAUUUCAUGAUGCAAAGCUUAUAAUCAUUUUGUUGCUUAUACAUAUUCAUUUAAAAAAAACUUAUAAACAGUUUGCUUGUUUAGCAGAUUAAAUUGAAAAUAUCGACAUAUAUGUACAUGUACUUUCUGAUGCCAUGUCAUCUAUUAAUAUGGUUUCAUUAGGGACAUCACAAACAUGAAAUGAAACUAACACGUUGAUAUUUAAAAUAUUGGUGGAUAUACCAUUUCGGCUAAGCGAAGCUGAAAAAUCAGUAUCUAAUAAUUUGAAUUUCAUAUAUUUGAUGGGUUCAGAGUGUACUGCUGUCAUUUGGGAUUUCUUUAUUACAUGCCUUUUGUUUCAAGGGUUACAUUAUUGUAAGCAUUACAGCUAAAUGAGUUUACAUUUGAUUAUUACCAUGGUUAAGUUUUUUUUAUAAAAAUAAUCAUUCAACAUUGUGCACAUAUUCAUUCAAAUCUGUCAAAAUUUAGCAGAGAUAAAAACAAAAAAUUAUGUCAUUGUAUGGAGUUAGAAAAGUAGUUGAGUAUAAUGUUUUUUAUUUCCUAUGAAUUUGAAUUUAUAAGCAUUCCUGUGUAAAAACAUCUGUUUAACUAUGUUUGCCUGUAAUUGAUUGUUGUGUUUGACAUACUACACAUUUUAAAGCUACCUAGCCACAGAUAAAUUUUAUUUAAGGUUGGGUAGGAGGGCGGGGACAGGGAAUGAAAUUGUCUCAAGUUAGUUUAGCAGGUUUGAAAAUGAUGUCUCUGAUACCCUGGUCACAAGAACGCUACGAGCUCCAUACGAGUAGAUUUUCAGUCAAAUUUUGGCAAAAUUGUCCGGCAUCCACACGGACAUAGUGAUUCGUACGACCGUGGUGUGGGGUUUUUUUUAACUCGUAGAAGACUCUGGAACUCGGUGAAAAUGUUUCAUUGUGUUCCCGAGUUCUUUACUAGCUUGUACAGAUUCUCCAAGUCGGGAGCAGCUCGCAAGAGCCCCAUACGGGAACUGCACAGGCCCUGAAGGAGCUCGUACGGGCAUCGCAUGGAUUUGGAAAACUGCGAGGCUUGCUGAUGCUCGCAGGACUAUCGUAGGGGACUCGCACGAUCAAUGUAUGAUGUCCAUACGAUAUUAAGGGCACCGUACGGAGAACGUGCAAUGUCCACACGUGGCGGUUUUGUGACCAAGGCGUUAGGGAAAAAAAGGUGUGAGACAAUUUCAGUGAUGCAGGGAAUAAAGCACUUUUCUAUAAUGGGUUUUACAAAACUUUGAUACAAUUUUCUACUUUCAUACCCAUGUCAAUUUUUUCUACUGAACAAAAAAUUGACCAGAACUUAUUUGUACCCCCCGACAACAAAGUUGUAAGGGGGGUAUACUGGUUUCAGGUUGUCUGUCUGUCUGUCUGUCUGUCUGUCCGUCUGUCCGUAGACGCAAUCUUGUGCGCACCAUCUCUCCUUAUCCCCUUGACAGAAUUUAAUGAAACACAAGUGAUCAGUACCAACAGUAGUUGUGCAUGGGGCAUGUUAGGUUCUUUUAGAAAAAAAAUUUGCAGAGUUAUGGAACUUUGUUUUUUUGUUACUAUACUAUAUACAUAGACACAGUCUUGUGCGCACCAUCUCUCCUCAUCCCCUUGACACAAUUUAAUGAAACUUCACACAAGUGAUCAGUACCAACAGUAGUUGUGCAUGGGGCAUGUUAGGUUCUUUUAGAAAAAAGAUUUGCAGAGUUAUGGGACUUUGUUUUUUUGUUACUAUACUAUAUACAUAGACACAAUCUUGUGCGCACCAUCUCUCCUCAUCCCCUUGACAAAAUUUAAUGAAACUUCACACAAGUGAUCAGUAACAACAGUAGUUGUGCAUGGGGCAUGUUAGAUUAUUUCAGAAAAAAAAUUUGCAGAGUUAUGGGACUUUGUUUUUUUUGUUACUAUACUAUAUACAUAGACACAAUCUUGUGCGCACCAUCUCUCCUCAUCCCCUUGACACAAUUUAAUGAAACUUCACACAAGUGAUCAGUAACAACAGUAGUUGUGCAUGGGGCAUGUUAGGUUCUUUCAGCGACAAAAAAUUGCAGAGUUAUUGGACUUUGUUUCUUGUUAACAUACUAUGUACAUACAGUCUGCAUAUGCAAUCUUGUGCGUGCCUAAUCUACCAAACCCUUGCACACAAUUUAAUGAAACUUCACACAAGUGAUCAGUACCAACCCUAGUUGUGCAUGGUGCAUGUUACAUUCUUUUAGAUAAAUAUUCUGCAUAGUUAUGGGACUUUGUUUUUUGUUACUAUACUGUAUACAUACAGUCCACAUAAUUAUGCAAUCUUGUGUCGUCAAAUUGCAAUGUACUGUGUCAGUGCAUGCGGGGGGUACAUUCAUCACCUUUAGUGAUAGCUCUAGUUUUUAGCUGUUUUGUACAAAGGCAGAUGAUAUAUUACUUUGUUUAGUUCUAUUUUUAAUUGGCUUGAAUAUAGUCAUUGCUUAGAAAUAACUGUUAGAUCAUUUCAAGUAAAGCCUGUGUAUAACAUUUUAAUUGAAUGGGAAAUGUUCUACUAUGUGUAUAUUCUACAUUAUGCUUAACCCUUACCAUGCUGGACACGAUCAAUUCUGCCUUUGCGACCUUCGUAGAUCAUGAUCAGCAUGCACACCUGUGCAGUAUGUUCAUAAUCUGCACUGUUCACUAUUCAGUCAGUAUCUUUUUGAUAAGCACCCCAGUAAACAGUAAAUGGGAUUGUCCAAUAUGAGUGGUCUGUUGUUAACGCAGCACACUGCUGCAUUAAGAAUCACAUGAUUUUGUAUCAGUUCCAUUUGCCACAGCUUAUAGGGAAAUUCAAACCUUCACCUUGACGUAUUUAGAAUUUUUUAUUACUAUUACAUGUUGUAAAAAGUCACAGUGUUUGUCACAAAUGUGCUGAUUUUCAGAAGAACUUUUCUAAUGUUUUUAUUUACGCCAGAAUUGGAGGAACGGACGUUUUAUGGUAUUGCAAUGUCUGUCCGGUCAUCAUCAACCUUUUUAUGUUUCCAGACACUAUGUAAGGAAGAAUAAUAGCUACAGCUUUCAGACUUUACAGAAUGACUAUACACCACUUGAGUAGAAUCCUGUUGAAAUUAAUUGUAGGAUAAUGAGAUAUACUGAAAAGUUGUAAGAGUGAACAUGUAUGACAUUAAUUGCAAACAAUAAAGUAGGAGUUUCUUUAACAUAUCUUCCGUUUUGUUUCCAGGUAAGGUUUAAGCAUUAGAUAAUAUUACAAUGUAUUAACAAACAUUGUUUGAAACUUGUUUAACAAGAAUUCAAGGUCUUACCUAAAAUACUCAAAAAAAGUGUAACUAUACGUAUAUAUUUUGUGUUAGUUUUUAAAUCAAAACUGUAGGAGAAUUUUUAAUAAUAUUUUUUCAUUGUCGAUUGCUUAAUUUGCAAAUGUAAUGUAGAAAUGCAAAUCAUUAGUUGUGUGCAAUUAUUACAUGCAAUAUAUCUUUGCAUAGCUACAUUUAUACCCAAUUUUGUCACUGAAUUUUUCUCUGAAAUGUACAUUUUACACUGACCUUCUAUUAUAAUAAGUACAACCAAAUCUGUGUGUAAAAAAACACCCUUUUGUACUAAAGGUUGUUAUUAACAAGUGGUCUCUCUAAACAGGUAAAAUUGUACUUCUUAUAUGGAAUAAAGAGGAAAGGUGUCCUUUCAAGGCAGAUUAUGUAUUUGAGAUCUUUAUCUAGAGGUCCUCUUUUUACAGGUUCAUCUGUACUGUUAUUUAUUGAAUGAUUUUGUUGAUUCUGUUGUGAUAGAGCGAGGAAUGUAAAAAUUAUUGCUCAUGCUUGGAUAAAAAAAAAAGAUGAAAUAAAACAUAUUUUUAUACAAA